AUGCAUACGUUGGUAUAUUGGCUGUUUAAACAAAGAUAUGUAAUUCGAAGAAGUGAAGAGUCUGCAUAUAAAAACUUUUUAUUAUAUGUAGAAGAAAUUUAUAAAAGUACCGUUAUAUAUCCUAUUAAAUAUGUCUAUGAUGUUCCUUUAGGAUAUUUCGAAAAUUUAAUAUCAUAUAAAAAAGAAAAUUUAAAGAAUAAAAAUUUGAAAGAAUUUUGUGAAAAUCAGAAACAAUUAUAUGAAAAUAAAGAUGGUAACCAAUUAUGUUUCUGCUGCUAUUGUACUCAGUCUAGUAUAUUUCCUUUAUAUUUUCAAUUAAAGUAUAGAAGAAAAAAACUAUUAUGUAAUAAAAAAGACAAUAAUGAGGAUGUAAUAUUAACAUUUUCAUGCUUAAAAAAAAAAGCAGAAAAAUAUCAUGGAUUUUAUAAGCAAAGUUCCAAUUUUUUUAUGUUAAAUGUUACAAUACAACAAUUUGAUUUAAACAAUGAGCUAUUUAUAAAUAGAAAUAUAAAACAGGAAUUGGAUAGAAAAACAUAUUUAUUAAAUUCUUCAACAUUCAAAAUUGAUGAUGAGAUAUUUAAUAUAAAAAUAAGUUUCAAUGUUGAAAAGACGCAUCAGGGAAAUUUCAUAGAAGGGAAUUAUAUUUUUAUGGAUGCAGAAAUAUUCAAAGAAAAGAUAAAUUCCGAGGGUAUAUUUAUAGACGAUGAAAUACUGAAGAAAUCGGUAAUAGUUAAAUCCAGGAAUUUGAAUGAUAAAGGAAAUGAAUGUAAUAAAAUAAAUAGAUAUCCUUUAAUAUGGGAAAAGGAAAAGGGAUUUUGUUCAUUUCCCCAAAAUUAUUGUUUAAAAAAACAGCUAGCUCAUUUUAUAAAUAUGGAAAAAAAAAAAUUUUUUUACAACUAUUUUUUUUUUCUUAUUAAAAAGUCAGCAUUGUUAAAUAAUUCGAAUGAACAAAAUAAAAAAGAAAUAGUUAUGAAAUCCGAGAAAAAAAUGGACGUAGAUAAAAAAUGGAAUGACAACUGCUACAAUAAUAAUAAAGAAUUUAUAAAUUUUUAUAUAGGGUUAGAAAAGAAAGCACAUAAUUUUCUGGAUAUAAAAUCAUAUAAUAAUGAAAAACUAAAUAUAUAUUAUGAUGAUAGUACAAAAGGAGAGUCUAUAUCAUUUAAUCAUAGUUUGAGCAAUUGUUAUGAUUUUAAUAAUAUAUUAGAAAGGGAUUGUACAAUAUAUGUGAGUAUAUGGAAUAAAGAAGACAUAGAUAAGGAAAUAAAUGUUUUUUUAAAUUGUGAAAAACAAAUAGUUAGGGACAUAAAUAGUAUAAAAAAUAAAACUUAUUUAUGUAAUAAAUGCGAAGCUAGUGUAAUUAUUAAAUUUGAGCCAAUUAUAAAUUUGUUGACAACUAAAUGCAAUAUUGAAAUAACAAAAGAAUUGAACAAAAUUAUAGAAAAGGAAAAAAAAGGAAAUAUUCGAGAAACUGUGAAAAAAAAUAAAACCGACCAAAAUGAGUACCAUCUUUUUAAUGUAAAAGAAACAGAAAAUGAAGAUCAAACAAAUGAUAUGAAAAUAAUUAUUAAUUCACCAAUAGUUUUUGAUAUAAAUAACAAAAUCGAACAACAUUAUUUAAAAAAUGUGGAUAUAAUAGAAAGAAAAAUAUAUAUAUCCUCAACCUAUAAACAAAUGUUUAUUAUAUAUGCCACGCCAAAAAAUAUAAUAAUAACAAUUUUGUUAUUUACAUUUUUUAUUGUAAUAAUAAUACCAAGUUCCCCUUUUUUUAAAUAUAUAAUAAACAUGAAAUUAUUUCACAAAUUAAGAAUUAAUCGAGUAAUAUUAUUUUGGAAAAUUCAAGACAUUUAUGAAGAAAUAAAAUGGGGACUAUAUAUUUGUAUUAAGAUUGGAGAAAAUGUGUGUAGACAUUUGAAAAUAAUUUGUCUUUUUAUUUUAGAAAAGUUUUCAAAUUUUUUGAAAUUUCGAAAAGUUGACGAUUUAGUGAAUCGUAUAUGCGACAUUAGACGCGAGGAAAUAGUAAAAAGGGAUAGUGAAAAAAAAAUAAAAUAUGAAAAAAGAAAGAUAGAUAAACAGAAUUUAGCAAAACAACGGCAUAAAAAAUUGAUAGAAUAUGAAAAGCUGUUUUUAAAAGAAUUACACAAAGGCCAUAAAAGAAGAAUAGAUGAAAUAAAUGAAAAAAAAAAAAAAAUUAAAAAACCGAAAAGAAAUAAAAAUCCGAGAAACUGA